GAGGCCUGUCAUGAGCCCAAAAUCAAAACAAUGAAAUAUGUCAUGCUAAACUAACACUGACCUACUUUCAUUAUUUUUUAUCUUGUACUGGUUUAAAUGAUCUGCUGUUCAGAGAGAAAUAAAUUGUUGCAUUAGUUUUACACAUGCCAGAACAUCGUUAAUGAGGUUUUAUCUUUUAUUAAUAAAGCUAAGCACAGUGUGAACCUGUUCUCUCAGUUAUGAUUAACCAUAACUGUAAGCCGUCUGAAAGCUGGAUAAUAUCUUCUGAUAAAGCCUGUGACCUUGAGCGUCUCAGCCAAUCGCAGCGGCUCACAUGUGUGCACCAGCGUCUCCGUGCUUUAUUCUUCAUUCACUGCUGGAGAUCCAGAGGAAGGGAAAGACAUGGACGUCUAACGCUAUGAUUUCUCCAGACGCAUUACAUCUGACCUUCAUCACGGCCUGUGAACAAACUCUCAUCUGGACGUAUGUAUUGAGCUUCUGAUCCACACUUGCACAAACUAACGACAUGUUUAAUGUGUGCUUGAGAAGUUUAGUUGCAAAGAAUAGCAUUUACAGGACCUGAAGAAAAUGUCUAUAAUAAAUAAAAAAGGUGUGCUGUGAUCAGCUCAUUGAUCGUUCAGCAGCAGGGUCAGGUUAGGGUCAGUUGUUCUUGUAUUGGUGAUAACUGUGAGGAUGUGUUCUGGAUAAGAGUGUGAUGACGGGGAGUGAGCCUCCUCUGCUGCCCCCAUCUGGUGAGGAGGAGGUGUUCUUCAAGAAUUACAUCCCACCUGCUCGAGACGCCAUCCAUCUGCCCAUUCACAUCUUCUACAUCAUCCUCGCCUCCAUCAUCAUAGUGAUGACGCUCUACGCCAUCAUCGGCCACCUCAUCAAAGACCUGAUACAUGACUUGGCAGACUCUCUGUUCGGUCAGCAGCCGGAGGAGGUGCAGCUCAAUCUGUGCGAGGCCAAAGACAAAUUCAUGGCCGACUGGUGUCCUGAGACCAGCCCAGAGCUGGAGGAGAUGGCCCGAGUCGAGGAGAACCGGGUGGUGAUGGAGGGUAACAGAUACACACCGGCCAUCUGGAUCAUCUCUGACGGGACCGAGCCCAGAGCACCGCGCACCGGGCCCCGGGUCGUGUUCGGCAAGAAUGUAUAGAGCAGGGGGACCAGACCUCAGCUCAACUUCCCUUCGGAUGUUUCUAGUCAGUCUGAAGACCUUAAUACAUCUUUAUAACAUGAUGAGAGUAGAGCAGAAAUCAGACUCACACACUCAGAUG